GCAAGGCAGCCAUGCAAUCACUCUGACACCUCAGCACACAAGCAGCACGCUUCCCUUACCAUCUUCAUGCAGAUCACCAGUGCUGCAGAUGCGUGCACCCUCAUCUUUUCAGCUUGAAGGUUUCAUAUUCUGUUGCCGGUAGGUGACGGCGCUCCGCGCAGACGACCCAGCUGUCUCACGCGUAGCUCCCCUUUCCAACACAAGACGUAUGCGCUGGGGCACCAUCAAAGAUGCUCCCCUCACCUUGGGAGAAAUCGUUAGGCUGGGUGAGCGGCGAUAAACCUCAGGCGGGAACGGACCCAAGCUAUCUUCAUAGGCUUGGUGAUUGUCCAUUCCCAGGCGACGCAGAGGUCGGUAAUGACAAUGGCUCUGCAGCGGCGCUGUUCGCUUCAGCACCAUUCCACUCGAAUCCUGGGCCCAACUUCUCCUCGAUGGGCAUGUUAGGGACCCGCAGCAUGAGUGACAUGUCAGUGAACAACUCCGCAAGUCAGAACUAUGCUAAGCAGCACUAUGGCAACCACGACGACAUGAUUGCCACCCCUACCCUCAACCAACACCGCUUUGAUGAUUCUCGGUUGCAAGUUGUUGACCCUUUCUCUGAGCCCAUGGCAAAUCGGCAGCAUUUGGAUCCGCAAGCGGCGCUCAGACAAUCAGAUCUCUCGCAUUUGCAUCAGUCACAACUUGCUUCGAAUUCUCUGAAGCAUGCCCAGUCUCCCGCACAUUUGUCGCAUCCCAACCCUCUUCCGCACCACGACGUGGACUCUGACCACCAACACCAGGAGAAGCUGCAGCAGCAGCAACGACGACAGCCACCCCCGCAGGACUCGUAUGCGCAUCCACAAGCAACUUCGCAAUCCCCAUUACUCUCGCUGUCUCAAGAACCUACCGAUCCGAUUCAGACACAGUCUCUCUUUCAGUAUGGCAGCAGCAUGUCAUCGCCACCCUCCAGUCAAGGUACUCACGAGCUCGAGUCGUUUGGGCAGCUGGCGCGUCAUGGUUCGAUCCAGUCUACGAGUACAGCCCGCUUUGAUGCCCAAGACAAGGACAGCUCGAUGGAGCGUCCUGUCGAGGGUUCCCUGGUAGAUGGGGCUAACCUGCAUCACGCAAAUGCGGAGGAAUUCUCGUCGCAGAUGCAACAGGACGAGUGGCUGCAACGGCAGGAAGUGUCGCCUUUGCAGGACUUCCAGCGCAUUUCGAGCUCGUAUUCUCGCAGGUUCGAGCUUCAAGGCAGGACUUCAGGAGAUCAUUACCUCUUGCCUGGUCUAACAGAGCAAGAAGGGCAAGUGCCUCAGCAAGAGCACGCGCCGACCGUAGCUGCCAUCUCUGACGUGGGUCUGGAGAAUACCACACCGCAGGCGCCAUCGCGCAAUAUGCCUGCUCCACUGCAGAUGGCACCUCCUUCUCCCUCCCUCAGGCUCUUGUACGAUCCAUCGCGGUCCCUUACAGAUCUUCGGAUCACGUGCGGACUCUCUACCGAUGCUACCAUGGUCAGCGAGGAUCCUAUGAGCCCUCAGCCGCUGCAAAUCUCCAUGCCAAUGUUACAUUUGCAUGGCCUGGGCUCGCGAGAAUUUGCCAGUCCAGAUUCUGGCACAUCAUCUGCCCUCAGCAGCGCGCUUGACUUCUCGGACCAAGAGCAUUUCCCGAUGAGCGCAAGUUACCGCACGGGUGUUCCAAAUGGGCACGUAUCGGCCAGCACUGCUUCGCGGCCAAUGUCGCGAACCGGCAGCGCUGGUGUCAUGUCAAGCAUAAGUUACGCGUCGUCAGGCUCUUCCGCCUCGGAUGGGCCACAGAUGCAGCGCACGCGACCGCGGUCCCACACCACGAUUGCUGGGCCGAUAGCAACUUCGCGACAUCCCCCGCUGUUGAGAGCGCUUGCUCGGUCUUCCAGCUCAUUAAACCUGAGCAGCGAUGCACAGCGCGCACCGAUCUUGGAAGUACCAGCACCUGUGUUGAGACUUCACCAAUCCCCGCGCCAUUCAGGGAUUCCAAAGUCGUGUUUUGUUACACCGGGUGCACCCGCAGAAGACAGCCCGGGAGACCUCCGCAUAGAGCUACCGCCUGCGCAGCCUGCGGUCACCAACCAUGAUACUUGGUGCAUGUCACAAAAUUGGGCAGCACCGAGCCGGACAUGGCCAGCGACACCCUCGCUGACGGAUUCUCAAGCAUCCAUUCUCAGUGCGGCUUCUAAUAGAAACAAUGAUAUGUAUGACUCGCGGCUCACUGACGCCAAGCUCUCUGCAGCACUGCAAGCGGGUGCCACUCUGCAAGCACACGCCUCCCCAAGAGGGAGUGACCGGUCGACAACGACGCCUACCAUACCCGAAGAGCACAAUCGCUCCCACCCACGACCUGCUGUCCAGGCGCCGGCUAUGCGCCGGGCGAUAUCGUCCUCGAGCGCAAGCAAGAGUGUCGCUCGGAGGACGUCAUCCGACAAGGACGGCUCAAGCAUCGUACCGCCUCAUUUGAGUCUAGCCAUGAGCCCGGAGCUCGAAAGGCGUUCGUCAGAACCGCAGAUGGGUGAGAAGCCUCUCAACGCACGCACAACAAAGCCUUCGUCACACAUCAAGCUGUUGCCCAGCGAACAAGCUGCGGAGGUACCCUCCCAGCAUUUCUCCACGCUAAGAGACAACGUCUUAUCGUAUUUGACCAGUCACAGCCGGAUGGCUCUUGGUGAACGCACGGUCUGUAUCAUGACGCCACGUGUUGCUCAAAAGAGCUAUGGCACAGAGAAACGUUUUAUGUGUCCGCCGCCCAUGGUGCUCUUGGUCGGAAGUAGCUGGUGGAACGCAAGCAUUUCCUGCGACGGGCAGGAUGAAGAACAAGAUAAGCGCACCAUUUUAAUCCCGCCGCGCGUGAGCACCAAGAUCUUGGGCGAAGCUGCAGCAUUCGAGACGCAGCUGGACUGGACGAGUAGAGAUGGGCAGAACAUCAGCAUUGGCUCUUCCUACAACGACAUGACCGUCCUCGGGCAGGCAGCGUACAGACAGAUGGCUAUCAGCGAAGCUGAUGACAAGCUGACGCGCCGCGACGUGACCGCGGAAGUUGCUAUCACCGUACCUGCCGUGUCGGCGCAGCAGCAUAAGCUUCUCGGGCGCUUCAAGAGUCGGCCGAUCCGCGUGAUCAGCAAGCCCAGCAAAAAGCGGCAAAGUGCCCGCGGCACCGAAAUGCACAUCACGCAUGGCUCCAUCGUCUCCCUCUUCCACCGGCAAAAGGCGCAAGCUACCUCGACCAAGCAUCUUUGUGUUUCUGGUCCGGCAACAUGGCUCAAAGGCUCGGAUGGUCAAUCGAUCAUGACUGCGGCUGAUGGUCCUCAGCCCUCCGGGGCAUGCUUCGUGGCGAAAACUUCGCGUUGGGACGCAUUCAUCAUCUACCUAAUCGAUCCUCUUCGAGACCCGCAUGGUGACUCUAAUGCGCCCCGACAACCAGGCUAUCCUUCAACUCCUUCAAAUGCGCUUCCAGCUUCGACAUCACCCAUUUUUUACAACCAGCCCAUUGUGCUUCAGUGCUUAAACACGGCUGUCGUGAGUCCAGUGAUGAUCAUCAGAAGGGUCGACAAAGGCAACACGAUCUUCGGAGGAAAGAUGGUGCGCGGACCUGACUGGAAACUUGCAAAAGAGGCGGUCGGUGACCCGGUGUCUCAGCUUCACAAGAUCGCUUUGGAAAUUUGGGAGCCCCCUUCGAACGAGGGCACCACUUCUACGACCUCCUCAUUCUUGGCGUGUUCAGACGAGACGGUAGGAAUGCACAAGCUUGAGGUGGGCAAAGUAUGGUUGAAUCGCAGUCCCAGCACGGCAUCGAGCAACGCGACGGACGGUGCACCAGCGACUCCUCCAACUACAUCCGCUGCAACAGAUGUUGAUUUCGAAAAAGCAUCGUCCUCACUGGCAAUGAUCUAUCCUCCGGCCUCCGCCUCCAAAGCGCCCAUGGUGUCUCCCACGCUUUCUGGUGGCGGCUCGAGCAGAAUGGAGAAAUCAGAGUCAUCGGAUGGCGGGAAGGUGCGGCGGCCACGGCGUGUGUCCUCUUCACUGUCUCUACAAGCGCAAAAGGACCGUGCUCUACAUGCGGCCAAGGGCCGCAAGCGAGGACAAUCUAUGUCCGGUGCGGCCGAGGGCCUAAGCUCGAUGCUCGCAGAUGCCGGCCCUGCCUCUGCGCCUUAUCCUACAUUCGACAGCGGACGAGAUGCAGAAGCAUGGACACUGGACGUGGCUGACUCAGACAUCUGGUGCAUUGUCGGUGCAGAGAUUGUCAAAUACACCUUCUACCUGCCGUCUGAAUUGGCUGGAGGGGUACGGCCACCGACCGGACCCCUGGAUGCACAAAUCUCGCGUCUUUUGACCACUCCUGCGCCUGCUUCACCGGUGACCGCAUUCCCUAAGCUCCACAAGAUUAGCCUCGCCAGAGAUCAGGAGAAAGGUGAUUUCCUCGUUCUUGAAGGCGAGAAACUCAACUCCAACUUGCAUAUUUUCUUUGGAGAUUGGCAAAGCCCUGCUGUACAGUGCCUCAGCUCGAGCAAAAUGUACUGCCUGCCACCGCCGUCGGAACUCAAUGGGGCCCAUCGAGCCCCGUUACCCGUUCUUCUCGUUCGACAAGAUGGCAUCAUAUACCCUACACCGCACAUCAUCUAGUGGCGCAACCUCUAACUUCAUUCCGUCACUUCUUCAGCCUCGAUCCCAUGCACAGCAAAAGACCGCAUAUUCAAGUUGGAAGGACUCGUGUCGUCCUGGAAACGUUUCGGCCGGA